GCCGGAGGACGCCAGCCGAACCACGCACUGCCCGCGUCCCGCGCUCCAGCUGCCGCGCACCACCGCCGCCGCUGCGGCCGGGGACCGAGCCCGCCCGGCCGGCCCGGUACGGGGCGAGCAGCCGGCCUCGCAGCCGGGUGGGGAUAGCGGCAGCUGCAGCUCCGGCAGCGCGCACACCCCCAGGCAUACGUACCCAACGCCUCCUCCCUGCGCCACGAGGAUGGAGCAGCCACCCCGGCCCGGAACUGGCGCAAGGUACCCAAGCAAGAACAGGAAUAAUGAAGAGACACAUGUGUUAGUUGCAGCCUUUUGAACCAGGCAAGAAGGAAGUCAACAGUGUGGACAGGGCUGGAACCAUUGCCACGCUUGCUUGUUGGAGUAAAUGAGGAAUGGGCUUGUGAUUAUGCUGACAUUCCAGCAUGAAUCUGGUAGACCUGUGGUUAACCCGUUCCCUCUCCAUGUGUCUCCUCCUACAAAGUUUUGUUCUUAUGAUACUGUGCUUUCAUUCUGCCAGUAUGUGUCCCAAGGGCUGUCUUUGUUCUUCCUCUGGGGGUUUAAAUGUCACCUGUAGCAAUGCAAAUCUCAAGGAAAUACCUAGAGAUCUUCCUCCUGAAACAGUCUUAUUGUAUCUGGACUCCAAUCAGAUCACAUCUAUCCCCAAUGAGAUUUUUAAGGACCUCCAUCAACUAAGAGUUCUCAACUUGUCCAAAAACGGCAUUGAGUUUAUUGAUGAGCAUGCCUUCAAAGGAGUAGCUGAAACUUUGCAGACUCUGGACUUGUCUGACAACCGGAUUCAAAGUGUGCACAAAAAUGCCUUCAAUAACCUGAAGGCGAGGGCCAGAAUUGCCAACAACCCCUGGCACUGUGACUGUACUCUACAGCAAGUUCUGAGGAGCAUGGCGUCCAAUCAUGAGACAGCCCACAAUGUAAUCUGUAAGACUUCCGUGUUGGAUGAACACGCCGGGAGACCGUUCCUCAAUGCUGCCAAUGAUGCUGAUCUUUGUAACCUCCCUAAAAAAACUACCGAUUAUGCCAUGUUGGUCACCAUGUUUGGCUGGUUCACCAUGGUGAUCUCAUAUGUGGUGUAUUAUGUGAGGCAAAAUCAGGAGGAUGCACGGAGACACCUUGAAUACUUGAAAUCCCUGCCAAGCAGGCAAAAGAAAGCCGAUGAACCCGACGACAUUAGCACUGUGGUAUAGUGUCCAAAGUGACUGGCAUUAAGAAAGAAAAUCGUUUGCGAUUGCAGUAGAAUAAGUGGUUUACUUCUCUCAUCCAUUGUAAACAUUUAAAACUUUGUAUCUCAGUUUCUUUUGAAUUAUUCCACUGUUGAACUUUUAACAAAUAUAACAAAAAAUAAUUUUAGUUUAGGUGAUCCACCCCUGAAUUGUACCCCCGGUGGCAUAUUCCUGAGUAAGAUACUCUCUGAAUAUUAGUUUGACCCAUCUCACUAUUUAAUAAUGAAAUUUAUUUUUUUAAUUUAAAACCAAAUAAAAGCUUAACUUUGA